ACUUGAAGUAAAGUAUAUGAAUCGAAGAACCUUGAAAGAAAGUAAAUGAAGUAAAAGAAACUUGAAUAACACUAAAAAAAGGGAAAGAAACUUGAAGAAAAAAGUUUAAAGUAGUUGUAAUGAUGAUUAAAAAAAAAAAUUAUUUGAUGAAACGAAGUUUAGCUUUGGUUUUCUUAUUUCUGAGCCAGAUAGAAGCAAGAGUACAAGACCGAGUUUUUUAUUGGCCAUUCAAACCUUUUAUAUUUAUUAAUGAUGAUAAUAAAACAGACGGUAUCUUACCAGUUUUGUACAAACAAUUAGCUGAUCUCUGUUAUCCAAACAAAAACUUAGCUGAUUUUAUUUUGGUUAAUGAAACGUUCAGUCAAUAUAGUUUUUACAAAAGUAUAGAAAAAGCAUCUCUUGAUAUGCAGAGUUCACCAAAUAUAAGUAAUACAGUAUGGUUCCCUUUAUUUAUUGUGCCUAAUAUGGCUCACUUGUCUACUUAUAAUGUAAAGUCAGACUUGUUUAUGUAUUCUCCAAAUAUUGCUAUUAUAACUAACAAAGAAAAAAUAACAGUUAUAAACAAAAUUUUUGAAUCCAUCAAAAAAUGUUAUUCAAUUGCCUUGUAUUCUUUUGUUUUAACGUUUAUCUUUGCAUUACUGGUGUGGUUUGCUGAAUACAGAAAAAAUAAAGAUUUUAACAAUUUUUUUGUGAAAGGAUUUGGUACCGGUCUUUGGUGGGCAAGUGUUACUGUUUCGACAGUUGGAUAUGGUGAUAUUGCUCCAAAAUCACUGAUCGGUAGAGCUCUUUCAAUAUUUUGGAUGGUAAUAGGUGUCCUUCUUGUUUCUGGAAUGACAGGAACAUUUAGCUCAGUGAUGACAACUAACUCUUUUUUGAGUAUACAAAACCAACAGAUUGCUGCCUUAAACGAUUCUUUUGAUUUUCACAUUGCAAAGAAAAAUUAUAAUUCAAGUUUAAAAAAAGAAUACAACUCCUAUGAAGAGGUCCUUCAAGAAGUUCAUUCAAAUAAAGUUGGAUAUGGAGUUAUCAACAUUGAUGCCUUAAUAUAUACGGACUAUAAAAAAAGAUAUACUAAUGUCGUUCUUGUGCAAAUAUUAAAUGUUGCUUCACAGCUUAUUAUAGCAUUUGGGAGUCAAACAAACUUGAUGGUAAAUUUACAUUCAUUUAAUUAUCAAAACGAUGAAGUUUUGAGUUGUUUGCAAAAAUUGAGUUUAAAAGAUAACAUAAAAAACGUACAAGAAAUGCAUAAAAAAAUUCCAAUUAUAGACAUCGACUCUAUACAAACCGUAAAAGAAGUUAUGGAAGAUAAUUACAUUAAAUUUUCUUUAAUAACUGUUUUUAUAAUAAUGUUUAUUUUCACAAUUCAAGAUGCCAUUCCAUUUAUGUACAACAAAUACAAAGGAAUGCACAAAAACAAAAUUGAUGAUGCAAAUCUUCCAAUGUCUUUCUUUUUUAACAGAUAUUUGAACGAAGAAGUGAAAUCAACAUCUAAAAAUGAUAUGCAGGAAGAACUUACAUUAAUUAAAGAACAGUUAAUCAGAUUAAACAAUGCUAUUUUAUCAAAAGAAUGUUGUCCGUGUUUAAAACAACAAUAGACCUUAUAUGUGAAAGUACAGAAUGUUAUCAAAACAAUGAAAAGCAUAAUAUUUUAAAGUUUAAAUGUUAUUUUAAUAGUUUAGAAACUCUUAAAACACAUUUAUCAACUGGUUCGUUUUAAUUUAAAUUUACUUAAAAUACCAAAUACGAUUUA